AGAGGGAGGGGAGAACUGUGUCUGAGAUAAAAGGUAGAAAGUGAAAGUAAAGUCUUCACUCGGGAAUGGGAGCGCAGCAGACAAACGGAGACCGAGGCACAGCACGCGUGAGUCUGGAUGAUCGCGGUGGCAGCAUGACAUCAUUGACAUACAUGACCCACAUGUUCGUCUUCGUGUUCCUGAACGCAGUGGAUCUGUCGAAUGAGGCGUGUUACGACUAUCUGGUUGCAGGGAAAUGGGAAGGACAUCUAACAGAGACCUUCUUCCUCAUGAUGACUAAGGAUCCCAAGGACAGAGUGAAUUGCACUUUAGAGGCAGCGUGCCAGGGGGGAAGAGAGGCAGCGUGCCACUUGCUCGGCGACUGCUUUUUUAGAACAGAUGUAAAGACAAAAAGUCGAGAGUGCGAAGGGGAACAUUCUAAGGAAAUCCCUUUCUACCACUUCAUGUGCUUGAUAUCACACGCUAUCUCACGUUCUUCUAACGAUACUCAGCUUUCUUCUAAAGCCUGCGAAUAUGACACCGUGUGCGAGAUACAUUCAGAAAAAGCCUCUACUCAUUUUGAUCUGACAACAACAACAACAACACUGCCAGAAACAACAACAGCAGCAGUAGCAACAUUGGAGCCAACAACAACAACACUGCCAGAAACAACAACAACAACGACGACAACGACAACAACAACAACAACAACAACAGUAUUGCCCUCACCAAUAACAGCAGAAGUGGGACAAAAGGAACCUCAAAGAAAGGGGGCGGACAACCUCAAGUACCUUUUUGCGCUGUCUCUGUUCUUCAACGCCAUCUUGCCACCGGCUGUUUACCUCUUCAUGCGCCACCGGUGGAUGCGGGACCGGCUGCAGUGGACCCACGUGUCCGACGGGAACGUAACAGGCGACCAGCCAAAGACAGAGUCAGACGCACCGCCGACAUCUGCAAACAAGGAUACGGAGACCGAACUGAUGCUCCAGACAAACACACAUCCAGACGAAUCCAUUCGGAUUAGCGUCAACGCUGGAGAGCACAGUCAGCUUUAGGCCCCGCCCCCCCCCCCACCACACGCCCACGACCCCACUCACGACGUUGCCCGUUGUUCGCUCUUCAACGCAACACCUCUGUGUGGAUGUAACGAAGUAUCCGGAUGCCUGGCGCUCAACGAGAGCCGUGACGGUACAGAGACAAGUUGACUGAGCGACCCUUCUGGGUUCAACUUCUGAAGAAUUUGAACGAACUACAGCAAAAGUUGUCCUAAACUGUCGGCUUGCAGCUGUUCCACCUAUCACACUGUAGUUGAGCAACACUGGCUUCACCAGGACAACCUGACCGACUGGUCCUUCUGGCUGUAGAUGUGCAUGCAGCUUCACAAGUUCAUAAGUUCACGAUGCUGUUUGAUAUAUUGAGUCUGAAUCCCCCCCACACAAAAAAAAACAAUUAAAAAAACAGGACAGCUUCCAUGUCUCCACGGAAGUCUGUUUCCUUCAAUCCGGUCCAACUUUGCUCAAGUCACCGGCACUUUGGACUUUCCGCUCAUCAGUUUUCUUCUCGGUGAGCCAUUUGCAGUUCUCUGGCCACUUUUUGUUUUUAAAGCACUGCUGUAUUUUGGCAGCUCAUUUAUUAGUUUUUGUAUUGCGGGAAUUGAGUUUGAUUGUCAUGAUGAUGCAAAACAUAUUUUGAGUGCAUCUUUGAGCUGCCCAGAGAUGUAAUACUUCUUUGUUGCAUUGGAAUAUCUGUGAACCGAUUGGAGUUAGCUAUCUUGAUACGCUGAGCCCUUGUUUAGUGCUAAAAAUGUGAAAACAAUACAAACUGAUCCACAGCA